UUCCACCCAUUCCAGAUAACUUUGAGUCAUUGGUGAGAGUGAGUGAAAAGGUAUACAACAGGUUCUCUCUUAAGAUUGACUCCAGCCUGCUGAACAACACUAGUGGGCCAAUCACACAUGUUGGGGUGCUGAUGACAAGUAAUCUCUCUGAUGACACUUCUGAUUUUACAAAGUACUUGGGGAACACUUAUGAUGAGUGGAAGGCAGGGAGUACUCCAAGAUACCUGGCAACAGUCAAAAAGACCAUCCAAACACGCAGUGAAGAAAAUCCUCUGAGCAUACAAGUAGGAGAUGGAUCUCAUUGGGAGGGCUACAUUAAUGGUGCUCUGGACGCCAGUCGAAAAUACCAAUAUGCUAUUGUGUUGUUCACCAGUCUGACUGUGCAAAACACGCUUGUGAAUGGUUCAUUGUCAUUGGUCUCAGUAACAGACUUCUAUCCUGUUAUUGAACUCCCAAUGAACCCAGCAAUUGGCAUUGCUAUUGGAGCAACACUGGGAUUUGUUUGCGUUCUCAUCGUCCUGACCGGCUUCAUUAUCUAUUGGAAAAGAAUCCUCAGGCAGUGGAAAUUCCUGCGCUUCUCAUUCAGGGGAAUCCAAUGUCACAUUUCCCGACGGCUAUUACAGAGGUUUCCACAAAAGAAACAUCAGACAUGAAGAGUCUGUCCAUGAGAGCCAGAGUAAGUGUGGCUGUGAGGGUGGAGGACUACGAGGCGUACUACAAGAAACAGAAAGCUGACUCCAACUGCAGCUUUGCUGAAGAGUUUGAGGACCUGAAGCUUGUUGGUACAGCUCAGUCAAAAGCAAGUGCUCAGACUGUGGAGAACACGCUCAAGAACCGUUGCAACAACGUGCUUCCCUAUGACUCUUCCAGGGUGAAACUCUCUAUUAUCCAUGGGAGUCCAUAUGAUGACUACAUCAAUGCUAACUACAUGCCAGGUUACAACUCCAGGAAGGAGUUUAUUGAAGCUCAGGGUCCAUUGCCCACCCCAGUCAACGAGUUCUGGAGGAUGAUCUGGGAGAAGAAUGUUCACACCCUGGUCAUGCUGACACGCUGCAAUGAACAGGGACAAGUAAAAUGUGAUCAGUACUGGGCAUCUGGGACCAAGCACUUUGACAACAUCAGUGAGAUAACAACUUCUGAAAAAACAUUUGAAUACUGGACCAUCAGGGACUUUAAUGUUAAAAAUGUGAAAACAGCAGAGACCCGUUCUGUGCAUCACUUCUACUUCACAGCCUGGCCAGAUCACGAGGAUCACAGGGUCCCAGAAACCACAGAGCCCCUCAUCAACUUAAGACAUUUGGUCAGAGAGCACAUGGACCAAUACUCCAGACACUCUCCCACUGUGGUCCACUGCUGUGCUGGAGUUGGACGAACAGGUAUCUUCAUAGCCAUUGACUGUUUGAUAUUCCAGAUUGAAGGAAAAAUAUUGUGGACGUGUAUGGCAUUGUCCAUUGGCCCCUUAUGGUGCCGACAGAGGACCAGUAUGUGUUCUUAAACCAGUGUUCCAUGGACAUCAUCAGAUCAAGAACUGGAACCAAUGAGGAUCUAAUAGACCGAAACAAUUUUGAUUUUCUGCUUUUUUUGUCGCGGUGACAGUCCGGCUGUUGGUUCACUCACAUCUGCCUCCCAGCCUCCUCCUCUCCACGACGCCCUCCGGCUUGCCCCCUUGCACCCCGCCGGGUCCCCAGUCACCGCGUUCUCUCCUCCACUUCUGCCAGCUUCCCUCGAACCUCCAGCCUAAGCUCCUUCCGCUCCUCCGGCUGCUCGGUCCCCCGCGUCCUCGCCUGCCACUCCCCUUCUUUCCUCCCGUCCCUCCUCGUCCCCCUCUUUCCUCAAUAAACAUAUAUACACACAUACACAAAUAAAUCUUUUGCAAAUUGUCA